CCCGCGGUGAGAGUCACGCUGUGUGACGCCGUCCCGGAGAUAAUGAAUCUUAAUGCGGAAUUGUGAGACGCAUAGUACGGUAACGGAAGCUUUGACUCUUGUUCUGAGAGUGAGACUUCGUUCGGAGGGCAUGUGAGAGAGCAAGUAAAGUCUCGUGUGAUCUCCUGAUCAAGUACAAAGCCCAAGAUGAAGCAGAAGAUUGAUACGAACCUGCUCGCCUCCUCCUCCGUGUUCUGGUGGUCUGGAGAGCGAACGGGCUGGGAGGCUGACCAUCCGGGCGCAUGGCACGGAGUGUCAACAGGCUGGCACUCCAAUGGACAGGGGUCAACUGAGUGCCUAUACGACGUCGACGAUGACUGUUCCACCAUCGUCCGUCCGCCCACCAUCUCCGUCCCUACUCUGACCCCGGGGGCGUCGCCCCCCUACACGCCCAGAUCCAGGAGGUCGCCGGUGCCGCACUCCCCCUCCAGAAGUCGCCCUUCGUCGAGUGGGAGGUCGAGUCAGUACUCCAGCGGUCGAAUGUCGCCUGUGUGCGAGUCACCUCCACCUCCCCUGCCCCCAAACCCACCCCCGCCCCUGCCCAGCUCCAGGCCGCCGCUGCCCCCGCAUUACUGCCUUGCCCCGACUGUCCUCCCUCCGGCGGCCCCGCCCUCGCCGCCGGGGGACGCCAUGUACGCCACCCUGCCGCUCAGCAGAGAGGACCGCAAGAAGUCCAUGGCGCUGACCUCUAUAAAGAAGGACAAGCACACGUACAUCGCCCUGCCGCCCACCGACGUCCUGCAGGGGAACGUGUACUCAUCCCUCCGGCCGAAGAAGUCAAUGUCCUUCGCGUCGCUGAAGCACUACAAGGCGUCGCGGGAGGUGGCGACGGACCCCGCGGGACCGGUGGAGCCCCUGCAGUACCGGGCCCGGUCCCACGACGAGCUCCGGUACGUGAACCCACCCGCCGGCCCCUCCGACGAGAGGGACCCCUACACCCCACAGGGCACGCCGAGGGGGAAGAAGUCCUCCUACCCGAAGGAGGAGGAUCCUUUCGCCCUGGAGGACAAGAGCUUCAUGUCAGAGGAGGUCGAGGUCACCCAGCCGGAGGACGCCCUCUAUGCCACCCUCCCCCCGUGCGUGACCUCGCAGAGUGCCAAGAUGCUCCCCAGGGCCAAGCUCAGGAGGAGGUCCAUUGCGGUGGCCAACGAGUUCACGCUGGUAUGUAAACACUCAAACUUUCUCUUUCGUUUGUCUGGUAAUUAG